CCGGGUUCUCCGCCCUCCCCUGUCCCUUUGUCCCUCCGCCUUUUUCACCCUUGGUUUGAUUGGAAUCGACAGACCGCCCCUGUCCCUCCAAGCCGACUGACUGACGGGUGAGGUGUUUGUGCUGGCCUUGGCCUUCUUUCCUCUCCUCGCCUUGGCUUGGCUGAUGGAGGACCUUCGUGCGAAGGACCAGUUAUGGGCGCAGAGUCCCGCUGGCGACAUGGUGCGGGAUGUGAUCCGGACGCUGCAGGAGAGCGACCCCGAGGUGCCCUCAUCCAUCCAGUCGCUGCAGCCGGAGCUCAAACGGGUCGACAGCGACCCAUCCAUGCCCACCGGGGUGGCUAACGGCAUCACAGGCGACCCAGAACAGAGGCAAUCGUCCUCACAGAUUGCUCAGGUGGGAUGGAUGGAGAGUACCUAGGGGGGAGGGGUGAGCGCACGAUGGAUCUGUGUCUGUGUGUGUGUGUGUGUGUAUUGUGUGGAUGCAGCCAGGAGGUUUUCGGCGUCAGUAUUUGGUGCAUCGCAGGAGGGGCGGCUUCGGCAGACACAGAAGCUACCCACCGUGAGCAGCACACUCGAACAUACAGCUAGCUGGCCACGGACGAGCAGCAGCAGACUGUCCCUUGUAUAUGUAUGUGUGUCCACCUCCCUCUCUCUGUGUCAGUUUGGUUGAGAAGAUCACUGAUCCCUUUUUAUACACCCGUUUCCAGCUCAUGGCCGAUGACGAGGCCGACAGCGAUGAGGCCGACGAGGAGUCCCUCUCACCAGAGUCGGACCGGGGCAGGAGGCGACGCUCUGCUCGCGGCCGGGGCGUGCGGCCGCUCCAGCCGCUGCCCCCCGAGCUGGAAGGCUACGUGGAGCUGGCCGAGUCGGCCGAGGCCGAGAAGGGCAAGCGGGCCAACACGCGGCAGACGGUCAUCACGAUCCUCAAGUCGUUCGUCUGCUCGGCCUUCCUCUUUUUACCGAGGGGCUUCUACAACGGCGGCCUGCUCUUCUCCCUCCUCACCAUGGCGUGCUCGUGGAUCUUCUCUGUGCACUGCAUGAUUCGGCUCAUCAAGUGCGCGAGGCCGGGCCGCGAGAGCUACGGGGACAUUGGCGAAGCCGCCCUGGGCGUCGUGGGCCGCGUGUUUGUGGAGAUCUCCGUGGUGGUCUCGCAGAUGGGCUUCAGCACUGUGCUCAUCAUCCUGUUCUGCACCACGGUGCAGGACUUCCUCAACACCAUCGGCCGCUGCGACCCCUCCUACUAUGUGGGGCUGGGGAUGCUGGUGGCGCUGCAGUUCCCCCUGCAGGCCCCAAUGGCGUGGGUGCGGCGCAUCAAGUACUUCGGGCCCGCCAUGCUGGCUGCCGACUUUUUCCUGGUCUUUGGGAUGCUCAUUAUUUUUGGGUUUGUCAUUGGCCGUCUGUCUGCGUUUGGGGUGCGGCCGGUGCACCUCAUCAACACCAAGUCGUGGCCGCUCUUCGUGGGGACGGCCGUGUACAUGUGGGAAGGUGCGGUGCGCGAACCAGCCAGCCAGCCAGUGGCAGGCAGACACAAGAAGCCAGGGGGGCAUGCCAUUCGCUGUGUGUCCUGUGUCAUGUGUGUGCAGGUGUUGGGCUGAUUUUGCCCAUUCGUUCGUCCAUGAAGGAGCACCUGAAGCCCAAGUUCCCUAUGGUGUGCACACCUGCAGAGAUGUGACACCUACUCAAUCAACGGACCGGACCCCUGCUCGCUCCCCCUGUGUUUGUCUGUCAUGGGUUGUCAGAUCUUGUUUUUCAGUUUGUUGGGCGUGCUGGUGGUCUAUUCGCUUUUCUGCAGCUUCUCGUACCUGGCCUAUGGCUCCGACAUCCGUGACGUCAUCACUGUCAACCUACCUAACACACCCGCCGUAUAUGCCGUCCAGGUACGCUACACGCCAACCACAGGCGCACUCAUACACAGUUCCCUGUGUGUGUGGUCCUGAUCUCUCUCUCUCUCUCUGUGUGUGUGUGUGUGUGUGUGUGUGUGUAGAUAAUGAUGGCCCUGGCAGUGUUCCUGACGACGCCGCUUCAGCUGUUCCCCGCGGCCAAGAUCGUCGAGCACUGGCUAUUCGGCAUCGGGGGGCGCGUGACGCUGCUCAGGAAAUGGAAGAAGAACCUCGUGCGCACUGUCAUGGUACGCACGCAUGAUCAGAUCACAAACCACACCACUCCACAAGCAGACCGACACACAUAUGAUAUGUGGCUGUGCGCUGCGCCUGUCUGUUGCUCUCUUCUCUCAGAUCGCGAUUUGCCUGGCUGUGGGUUACUACGGGCGCCCUGAACUGGACAACUUCGUGGCGCUGGUGGGUGCGGUGUGCUGCGUGCCGCUGAUCUUCAUCUACCCCUGCCUGUUCCACCUGAUCCUGGAGCGGCAGACGGUGUCGCUGGUGGGCAGCGCCACAGACCUCUUCAUGGUCAUCCUGGGGUUCGUCAUGAUGGGAUUCACCGCAUGGCAGGCCAUCGCGACAUGGCACCCCACUGGCAACUUCUCGAGGUGCUCAGAGAUGUUCGACGUCCCACACGCGACGUCCUGACACCCACCUCUUUUGUGUGUGAGAGUGGGCUCAUUUGUUGGGUAGAAGUGAGGAUGGGG